CUUUGACUGAAUGGCAACACAGAAGCGAGCUGUCAAACAGGAAGUGCAGAGAAACAGUCCAGAUCUUCACACAAGCACGAGAGUCUCUCUCUUGUAGACCAUGGAGGGAAGUAUGACAAGUGAUGUUUACCAGGAAGUGACAGAAACACUAGUAGACACCGAUGAUGGACAGUCCGAGCCACAGGAAAAAGCAUUGACGCUGGUGCUGCUCGGCUCAGCGGGUGCUGGGAAAAGCACAGCGGUUGAUGCCAUCCUGGGCGGCCCGUCUGACUGCGGCACCGGUCCUGAUACAGCAGCCAACACCGACUCUCAAAAGAGACGUGUGAUUGUGUCAGGAAGACAGGUGACCGUGGUGGAUACACCCGAGUGUCUGUUCAUAGAACGCCCGGCUGAAGAUGUCCGUCGCCAGUUCUCACUCUGCGCGGCUUUUUCAACACCGGGUCCCCAUGCAUUUCUCCUCUGCGUCCCUAUACACCGCCCCAGUAACCUGGAGCUCCAGAUUUUGGAGACCUUAGAAAAGGUGUUUGGUCCUGAAGCCGUUAGUAAACACACAAUGGUUGUUUACACUCGCAUGGAACGACUAUCUGAAGAUGUGUCUCUGGAUGAGUAUCUCAAUACUCAACGGGUGGAUCUGCUAGAGCUGGCACAGAAGUGUGGGGGCCGGCAUCACCCGCUGACAGUCGAAACGUACGCAGAGGAGAGCGUGAAGGAGCUACUUGAAAAGGUGGAGCAGAUGGUGAAAGAAUCCGGGACAAAGUUUUACACCUGCCCUCUGUUGCAGGAGGCAGAGAGGAGAGUACGAGAAAAAGAGCAGGAGAUCUUGAGAAGCCGAAGAGAAAGAGGAGAGGACGAUUCGUCCAUGGAUGCGGAGGGAAUCAGGGCUGAAGCGGAGAGAAAAGUGGAUGAUCUGACGGUUGAGGGCAUCGCGGAUCUCUGUGUCUCCGUCCCGAAUACUUCGUUCAUUCGCUGGUUAUGGGACAGUGUGGUGGGGUGGCUCCUGUCGCUCCCGAACAUGGUGAGGGGCAGCACUUUACUGGGGUCGUUUGUGGGUUUGUUUGUCGGGGGACCCCUAGGAGGGGCCAUGGGGGCAACUGUCGGCUCUGUGGCUACAGAGAUGGGUAGACGGAAACAAAAAAAAACCUAAGUGCUUAACUCGGUAACAGCCUAUUUUAACUUUUCUUAGUCAAGGGAUAGUUCACCCUAAAAUAAAAAUUAUCUCAUCAUUUAAUCACCCGUUUUGUUGUGUGUGACUUUUUAUUUUGUGAAACACAAAACAAGAUAUUUUGAGAAAUGUCUUAGUGGUUUUGUAUUGACACAAUGGAAGUCAGUGGGGACCAAUGUAGUUUAGUCACCUACGUUCUUCGAAAUAUCACACAGGUUUGAAAUGACAUCAGAGUGAUAACAUGAUGAUUAAAACAUUUUUGUGGGUGAACUAUCCAUUAACGUCCAAGUCAUAACCAAAAUUAAAUAAUGCUUCAAAGGUAUCAAUAGUUCUGUUACAUUCAGAUAAGAAUACAUAUUUGUAAGAAAUAUACCAAAUUCAAGGAUUUUACUAUCAGUAAAAUGUUCAGACACAAUUGCUCAUUCUUUAUUAUUUCAUUGUUUUAAACAUUAAAGAAUAAUUCGAAAGACAUUUACAUUUAUUACUUUGGCAGAUGCUUUUAUCCAAAGCGACUUACAAGCAGGAGAACAUAUAAACAUUGUGUCAACACGCUAAACAGUACCGUUAGUUGAUGCUACAAGGAGGAUGAUGUUAUUCAAAAAGAAGUAUAGAAAUUAUAUUAAGAACUGUAAAUAGUGAUACAAUUUCAUUUGGACCAGCUAGAUGUAAUGCGCACUUUAUAUUUUUACCACAUUCAUUUUUAGCAGGUUAGGUCAAGAUCAGAAAAGGUAUUGAAUUUUAUGAGUACCCAAAAUUCAGUUGUCUGAGCUACUAGUGCAAAUUGCAAGACAUGAAAUCUAUUUGAAUGUAUUAACUAUCGAUCCGUGAGAGUAUUUAUGAAAGUUAUACUAAAAAGUUACCAAACGUAUAAGGGUUUAGGCUUAAUUCCAUAUAAAAACUCUGAUGAGCACAGAUAAGAGGUUAGAUGUGUCUUUCAUAAGAUAGGAAAGUCUUCCGAUUUGGAACUAAACAACUAAAGCAUACUUCUGUAUGUAUAUGUUAUAUACAAUAUUCAUAAGCACUUUAAAGCCACUGAGUGAAGUUUUAAUAUUGUUACGUUAUUUUAAACAUUGCUGCAAAACUUUAUUGAUUAUUAGUGAAGAUCACGAUCAACAUUACUACUAUUUGAUAAUCACCGCAUUUUCUUUGACUUGAAGUUUCCUCUUGAAACACACUGUAAAGUCUGUUUGUUUGCAGGCUGUCCGAAUAAUUCAAUGUCUAUGUUCAUAACAAUGUUUGUAUUAAAACACAGCUGGAGGAACAAACACAUGCUCCAGACAUCCUUCAAAAGUGAUGACGAGUAUAAUAACUUCCAUAUACUCUGUUUUCUUCGAUGUGCAACUUUGUCCGUUUAUUAGUUUGAAGAUCAAAUGUUUCCGCAGCUGGUUCUGGAGUAUGAAAAUAAAGCAGUCUGAUGGAAAUAUUUACUAACA